AUGACGCUCGGUGGCGUCGCGCGACGCGUCGGACGCGCGCUCGGCGCGCGCGUCGCGUCCGCGGCGUCGUCGAUCCCCGCGGGCGGUUUUCGAACGACGACGACGCGCGCGCCCGACGAGAUCGCGCGCCGAUCCGCGGCGCCGUCCAUCGCGCGCGUCCGCGGAAGCGCCGCCGCGCGAUUCGCGCUCCCGCCGCGCGAGCGGCGCGCGUCGUGGAUCGCGCGCGCGGACGGCGCCGCGCGCGAAGACGCGCUCGCGUCGUCGUCGUCGUCGUCGUCGUCGUCGUCCUCGGACGAGCACGACCAUCUCGCGUCCCCCGCGGACGAGACGCACGGCGCGUCCUCGCCGUCGUCCGACGCCGCGUUCUGGCACGCGCAGGUCACGGGCCCGAGCGUGAGGCAAACCGCGCGGCGGAUGGCGCGUCGACUCGACUUCGCGAACCCCCUGGGCGUGAACCUGUCCAUGAAGGGCGCGUCCACGACGGAGCGCGCGGACGGCACGAGACCCGCGAGCGCGCGAACGACGCUGUACGACUACGCCAAGGGCGUCAAGGCGACGCAUCCGCGCAAAGUCCUCCUCGUCCGCGUCGGCGAGUUCUACGAAGCCAUCGGCUACGACGCGGUGAUGCUCGUCAUGCACGCGGGCCUGAACCCGAUGGGCGUCUCCGGCGUCCCGCGCGCCGGGUGCCCGAUCGUGAAGAUCCAAGAGACGCUCGAUCGCCUCACCCAACGCGGCUACGCGUGCGUCGUGUGCGAGGAAGUCCCAUCGAUGAACCCGUACGGCACGCGCGCGCCGCCGAAGGAGCGCUACGUCGCCGCGGUCGUGACCCCGGCGUCGCCGCAGUACGUCGUCGGCGCCGCGGAGCACGGCGACGACGUCGCGUUCGACUCCGCCGCGCCGCCGCCCGUCGUCGGCGUCGCCGCGACGUCCGCGGGGUACACGAUCGUCGCGGUCGAGCCGGAUUUGCGUCGCGUCGUCGUCGCGGAGGGACUCACCGCGGAGAGCGCGGCGGCGAAACUCGCGGUGGGGGGCACCGCGCCGCCGUUGUAUCGCCACGUCAGCGUGGACCGCGGGCACGCGGCGCGCGGGAACGCGAGCGCGGGCGUGACGGGGUCGACGCGGCGUCUGCGCGCGGAGGUGGAGGGCAUCCUAUCCGCGGCGUGCGCGGACGGCUCCUUCAUCGAGCAGCAGCGGUACGGGCACGACGUGAGGGGAGACGAUCCGGUGGAGGGCUUACUGGAGCUCGUCCGGAGGGAGUACGGGCUCGCGCCGGACGCGGCGUUCGAGACGGUGACGGCGAAGGCGACGUCGUGCGCGCGAACGGGGAAGCCUCGACCGGCGCCGCUGACGCUCGCGACCGCGCAGCAGCUCGGGGUGUUGCCGACGCGGAGCGUGCCGCCGCUUCUGUCGCACGUCCUCCCCGCGAGCGCGGGCGCGCCCGCGGCGUGCAGGGCGUACCUGCAGGAGUUGUUGCUGCACCCGCCGCCGCGCGACGUCGCGGCGAAAAUUUCGACGGCGGCGGCGGCGUUGACGAGCUCGACGAUCGCGGGCGGCGUGCCGCGGCUGGAGGUGACGCCGCCCGGGAAGGUCGCGAAGCUGCUGCGCACGCGCGAGGGCUCGCAUGUGUUCUUCGCGGAGGUGGUCGCGAUGGCGCGCGCGGUGAGGAAAACGCUGACCCACGACGCGGCGGAGAUUAGAACCGCUGGGGAGUGUUUACUGUCGCCGACGGGGUUGAAGGUUGGUCGACGCGUCGACGCGCGCGCGCUCGCGGAGAGGUGCGCGGAAGCGGAGGCGAUCAUCGCGCGCGUCGUCGCCGCGGAAGCGCUCGAGGGCGGCGGCGCGUGCGGCGGGUACGAGCGCGAGAGGGCGCGCGACGACGACGAAGAGGGCGAACACGCCGUCGUCGACGACGACGACGACGCCGCCGCGUUCGACGCCGACGCGUUCGACGACGCGCACGACGGCGUGAACGACGCGCCCGCGCGCGUGCCGCACGUCCCUCGCGCGUUCGCGCGCUUCAACGAGCCGUGGCGCGGUCGCGUCCGAAGAGACGUCGUCGCGACGGAACUCGCGGCGUGCGACGACGCGUUGAGAGCGCUGUCGCUCGCGAUCGAGGAGGACUUGGCGCCCGUGAUCGCGGCGGCGGAGGCGCUCGCCGCCGCGAAGACGGCGAAGAACCGCCGGUGCCACCUCGAGCACGACGCGCGGAACAACGCGCUGUGGCUGAGGCACGUCCCGGCGUCCGUCGCGAGAGGGGAAAAAAUCGACGGCGACGACGGUGCGAUUUCGCCGUUGAUCCACCCGCGCGACCGGUACGGCAAGGAAAUCUCCGACCGCUGGUCCACGCCUCGCGUCGAGGCGGCGCUCGACGCGUACCGCGUCUCGAGCGCGGCGUGCGCCCGCGCGGUCGCGUCGCGGCUCAAAGCGCUCGCGGACGACCUCGGCGCGCACGUCGCGGACCUCGUCGCCGCGGCGACGUUCAGCGCCAUCGCCGUCGCGGUGACGCUCCACGCGACUCGCGCGACGCGGAGAGGGUGGCGGCCGGCGUCGCUGCCGCCGGCGUCCGACGCGACGACGCCGUUUAAAACGGUCGGUUUACGACCGUUUUGGAUGGACGACGCCGGGCCCGGGUCCGCGGUGGAGAACGACAUCACCCUGGACGGGGUGUCGAUCCUCACCGGGCCGAACAUGGCGGGGAAGAGCACGGUGUUGCGGUCGGCGGCGGCGUGCGCGUUGCUCGCGUCGUGCGGUUUAUUCGUCCCCGCGCGAGAGGCGACGGUGCCGCAUUUCGACGCGCUGCUCGUCCGAAUGUCGUCCACGGACUCCCCCGCGGAGGGCUUAUCCUCGUACGCGGUCGAGAUGGCCGAGGUCGGGAGCAUGUUGGACGUGGUAACGCCUCAAACGCUGGCGUUCAUAGACGAGCUCGGGCGAGGCACGGAGGCGACGCACGGCACGGCGAUGGCGGGCGCGGUGAUCGAAGCCAUCGACCGCGCGGGCGCGCGCGGCAUCUUCGCGACGCACCUCCACGGCGUGUUAGACCUGGACCUCGAGCUGUCGCCGUACGCGCGGCGCGUGAAGAUGGAGACGGUGAAGGACACAGCUGCGGGCGCGAACGGGAGGGUGCGACCGACGUGGAAGGUGGUCCCCGGCGAGUGCCGCGAGAGCCUGGCGUUGCAGACCGCGAUCGACAUGGGCGUGAGCGACGUCGUCGUGUCGCGGUCGAAGGCGCUCUUGACGCAGCUGAUCGGCUCUGAAGAGCGCUCUUCGAUGAACACGAACGCGAACAACAACGCGGUCGAUCGCGUCGGUCAGGCCGAUCCUUCGCCCGCGCGUUCGCGUUCGCGCCGCGAUAUCGCGCCGCCGUUGGCGCGGUUGCGCGCGACGCUCGCCGUCGCCGCGGCGUCGCUCCCCGCGCUCGACGGCUGUCAGGACGUCGCCGUGGGGACCGUCGCGCGCGACGAGAUUCCCCCGCCCGCGGCUGGCGCGUGGUCGUGCGUGUACGUGCUGCGACGCGACGACGGGUGGGCGUACGUCGGGGAGACGGACGACCUCGCCGGGCGGUUGGAAGCGCACAGGGCGACGGCGAGGAGGGAGUGCGGGGCCGCGGCCGGGGGCGUCGAGUGCGCGUUCGUCUCCGUCCCGAGGGAGGCGGGGGGGAAAUCCGCGGCGAGAGCGUUGGAGGCGCGCGCGAUACGCGCGCUCGUUGAGGCGAACGUGCCGCUGCUGAGCGCGUCGGACGCGCGGAACGUCAGCUUUGGAAGCGCGCGGCAGCGGUGA